AUGUCGCAAACAACAUCAGACAAGCCACAUCUAUUUGAGGACGAUCUGCCCGAGAGCGCGGACUUGGAACGCAAACUAUUCGCUGAAUGGGCUGCCUCUGCUCUCUUCAGGAAGCAGGCUGAUGAUUUCGAAAUUCACGAUUCAGACGAGCUAGGCGUCAAGUUGAGGCCGUUACUGGAAGAGCUCGACCUACUUGGCAAGAUUCCCGGGCCUAAAUUCGCGCCAUUUCACCACAGCAAAGGAGACGCAUUUAUAAUACCGAUACAAAUACUUGAUAACAACCCGAAUGCCUCAGGGAAGCCUCUUCGGGAGGGGAAGCGACUAUACAUGAAAGCAAAUCAUGAAGUGAAGAUCGAGCCGAAACUGCGUCUGCUUUUUAUCCUACUUUAA